ACCACCACACCGCGCUUCCACUCCCCGUCCCCCACGCCGCCCCCGCACUCAAGCACGAGCACCCGCCAUGGCGCGCCCCACCCACGCCGUCGUGGCUCUCCUGGCCGUCGUCCUCGCGCUGGCGUCCGGCGCGGCGUCGCAGGCGCCGGCGGCGGGGCCGGCGGCGCCGGCGGGGGACUGCGGCUCCGCGCUGACGGGCCUCACCGGCUGCCUCCCCUACAUCUCGCCGGGGGCCGCGCAGGGCAAGCCGCCCAAGGAGUGCUGCGCCGGCGUCAAGGCCGCGCUCGCCAGCCCCGCCAGCGUCGCCUGCCUCUGCGACGCCUUCGGCAAGGACUACGGCAUCCCCAUGAACCUCACCCGCGCCAAGGGCCUCCCCGCCGCAUGCGGCGGCAACCCGGCCGCCCUCAGCAACUGCAGCCUGAAACUGCCCGGCGGAGCCCCUAACGGCGCCCCUACUGAAGCACCUACACCAACUUCCGGAUCAACACCGGCAACCGUCAGCCCAAGCCCAGCGAAAUCGGCAGCGACCAGGUCUCCUGUCACGGCGGCAACCCUCCUCCUAGCCGCGGUGUUGGCGCCUCUGCUUUCUUACUACUACCUCUAAAGAUCCACGGCAUGAUUUGUUCCAUGAACUACUGUGAUGUGUAUGGGCAUUGCGCCGCGAUUUAGUGACACUACUUUGUGGAGAGAACUUAUUCUGCUAGCUGUUCGGUUUAGCUCACUGUUGCCUGAACUAUGGAUUCUUAUUGGCACCAAGUAGUUGUACUAUAUUUGCAUGGUGUCCUCGGAAUAAAGCUGAUAAAAGCCAUA